UAUUCAUUAGCCCACCAUUCCAAAUCUUCUUUCUAACAAUCUCCUGCUCCUUCGACAAUGCAAUCCACGAAUUGCCAGCUUUUGUUAUCUGCUAACUCUCCUGGUGGUCCUUCACCUUCAAUGUUUGCAACAGGUCCUUAUGCUCAUGAGACCCAAUUGGUUUCACCACCGGUUUUCUCAACUUAUACCACAGAGCCAUCUACUGCUCCUUUGACUCCUCCUCCUGAGUUAGCACAUCUCACCACUCCUUCUUCACCUGAUGUACCUUAUGCUCGGUUCUUGACAUCUGCUGAUGAUGUGAUGAAAACAGAGAAAGGAUCUCAGGUGAUGGUCGAUGCUCAUCCUUUCCCGAGCACGCCUGAGACAAACAAUACUCUAAAGACAUCUGAAGGUUCUAAUUUCUUCUGUCUUGACACAUUUGCUCGAUACUAUCUUGACCUUGAUGCCCCAUUUUUUCAAACUGGUGGAAGACUAAGUGUUUCGAAGGACUCAAAUGUUUAUCCUAGUGGUGGAAAUGGUCAACGCAAUUCUAAGCAAGAUAUGGAAGAACUGGAAGCAUACAGAGCUUCCUUUGGUUUCAGUGCAGAUGAAGUCAUCACGACAAGCCAAUAUGUAGAGAUCACACAUGUGAAUGAUGACUCCUUCACCAUGAGACCACGUAGUACCCUUGGAUGCAACUUCAUCAAACAAGAAACGGGGCACAUAUCUGGAGCAAGCACACCGGGCAGUGGAGGUCAAGCGAAGACAAGCAGAAAGUACAAGAUGGGUCUAUGCAGUUCAGAUGCAGAAAUCGAUUAUAGAAGAAGCGGACGAAGGAAAGGAGAUUUUGCAUGGCAUGACUAGAAGAAACCCUUUUUUACUAUUGGUACCUUUUUUUGACUAAUCUGUAGAGUUUUUGGUUUGCUUUUCUCUUGCCAGAACAAAUUAAGCUUGUGUUC